ACCAUGAGCCAGAAGAGUGGUGGAGAGGCAGGCCCUCUUCCCUCUGCUGCCGUGGCCUCAGGUACUUGUGGUGGAAAUUCAUCAAUGUACUGUUCACUUCUGUAACCAGAUUCAGUUGACUAACUCCAAUAAAACCACUAAAAUGUUUAAAGAAUUUCCUGUUAUUGCUCUCAGCGUGCAAGAGUUAUUUCCUGGUUUUUGCCCAGACCACUUUCUGGCAUGUGCCCACCAAAAGCAAGUUACAGUAAAGAGGACCCCAGAAGACGACUAAUACAUGUCACCUUUUGACUGUUUUAACUUUAAGACCUCGUUAAGAGAAAGCGUGUAGUGUUUUGCCUUAAGGUACAUUUCUCUAGUAUUUUGUUUGACAAACCUAAUUAAGAGCUUUUCUUCUGAUCUUCUCCCUUGUACGAAGAACUGUAUGUCCUGUAGUCAGUGCAAUGGUUGAGGGUUAUAUUUUGAAAAGUUCCUGCUCAGCUGCUUUCUGCUUUGGCAGGAAUGUGAGCAUAAAAUGGGGCUGUGCAUCUAAGGACCUGUUUUGGGGCAAUAAAUUUUAGAUCUACCGAAUACGAGAUGACCAAUCAGAGUUAAACCUGCAAUUAUUACUGUGACACUGAAGAUGGAAUGCUGGCUCUGUGAAAUAUAUAUACCUUUUUUUUUUUUUUUUUUCCCUUUUCUUUUACCAAAAUUUGUUUUUGGUACUGUGUGCUCUGGUUAACGCCAGCAUUGAUUUGUGCACAAAAUGACACAUUGACCAAAAUUUACUGAUAAUGACAUUGGCUGACCAUUGACCAGCACUUACUGCUCUUUUGCUGUCAUUUGUCAUUUUUAUUCCAGGGAGUUCCCUCUGAAACAGGGAGAGUCUGCUUAUAAAAUGGUCUGCAGUUCUCUGCUUCGUAGGUCAGAAGCUUGUUUAUUCUGUCUCCAUGGCUAUGCUCAGUCCCAACCAAAUCCUCCAAUUGGCAUGCAUUAGCUGAUACCUGAAAAUUAUAAUUGGAGCCUAUUUGUUUUGACAGGCUGUGUAGAUUAGUUCAGCGGUUAGUUAUGCGAUAGCAAUUACACACGCUCUAUAUGCUUUACGCAUGUUUACAUGGCAGAGGAUUUCAUGUUUUUAACAUUUUAGGCCUUAGACUGUAAUUUAUGAUAGAAUUACAUGCAGUAAUGAUAGAAUAAGAAAUUUCUUUACAGACGUAUUCAUUGAUGGCUAGAAAGGAAAAGGAAAAAAAUUCAAGGAUUUUAGACAUGAUUGACCUGAUUGCUAUGUUUUUUAAUUUCGAAAAAUUGGCCUAAAGGGUUAGGGCAAAAUCAUGCACAAAUUGCACUGCUUGAUCGGGACUGCUAGCCAGUUUUGUAGUAACGAGUGUUAUUAACUCUCUGCAUUGUGCACACUACAGAUGCAGCCACCGCCUGUGUUUCAUCCUCCCCUGGAGGACACAGCAGUCCUCCUUCCUGUCCCAGCAUGCACUGUGCUACUUCAGCUCCAGAGCAGUCGUCCAGGCUCCACUGUCUCCCUGUCGAGGUGCUGGGAGCAGAGCCUGGUUCGGCUUCUGGUAUCAGUGGGAAUGCUGGGAACGAUAGUGUCGGAGCAGCAGCCCAUCAGAGCCAGAUGACCCCCUCAAAGCGACGCACUGUACUUAACAUCUCUCCACCUCCAGAAGACCUGCUUGACGACAGCCGCAUGUCCUGCCAGGACGAGGUAACGCUCAAUCCAGACUCUGAGCAGAGCGGAAGCAUAUGGAUGGAUGACUCCGUUUCAAACUUUAGCAUGCUGAGCAGCAGUUCGUAUAAUGACAACACUGAGGUUCCUCGGAAAUCCCGUAAGCGAACACCCCGCCAGAGGCCAGGCCCGAAGCCUGUGGCCAGGGAUGAAGCAACCAUGGAUGUGUUUGAUGCUGACAGCGCUAAAGCUCCACACUUUGUACUUUCGCAACUUGGCUCUGAAGGAAAGGGCAAUCUCAAAGGGAGCACCCUGGAGGUGGCUGGGAGUCAGAAAGGUGGAAUUCUUACAACACAGUAUCCGCAAAAGAGCGAGGGGAAAGAACUAAAGAUUCUGGUACAGCCUGAGACACAACACCGAGCACGAUACCUUACAGAGGGCAGCAGAGGAUCUGUCAAAGACCGCACACAGCAAGGCUUCCCCACAGUCAAAUUAGAAGGUGUGAAUGAACCAGUUGUUCUCCAAGUGUUUGUGGCUAAUGAUGCUGGACGUGUAAAACCUCAUGGCUUCUAUCAAGCGUGUAGAGUGACGGGACGCAACACGACGGCCUGUAAAGAGGUGGAUAUUGAAGGGACCACGGUUAUUGAAGUGAACCUUGAGCCGAGCAACUCCAUGACUUUAGCAGUGGACUGUGUUGGGAUAUUGAAAUUGAGGAAUGCAGAUGUUGAAGCCCGAAUAGGAGUGGCUGGCUCUAAAAAGAAAAGCACCCGGGCUCGUUUAGCAUUCAGAGUCAACAUCCCCAGACCAGAUGGCUCUGUCCUUACCCUGCAGACCCUUUCUUCACCAAUCCUCUGUACCCAACCUGCUGGAGUACCUGAAAUUCUCAAAAAGAGUCUUCACACCUGCUCAGUGAUUGGAGGAGAAGAGGUCUUCAUUAUUGGCAAGAACUUCCUUAAGGGAACCAAAGUUAUUUUCCAGGAAACUGCCACAGAUGAUGGCUCGUGGCAGGCCGAAGCAGAGAUAGACAUGGAACUUUUCCAUCAAAAUCACCUGGUGGUAAAGGUGCCUCCUUAUCAUGACCUGACGGUGAACUCACCUGUAUCAGUUGGAAUUUCUGUGAUAACAAACGCAGGAAGAACACAUGAGCUACAGCCUUUCACCUAUACUCCUCAGCCAGAAAAAGUUGAUGUUCCUGUGAAGUCAGAAUUGUCCGUAACCGCCAAACCUUGCACUUUUGAAGAGCAGAUAAAUGCAUUGCAAACUGGGACCAAUAGUCUUAACAGUACCUUGAUGGCCCCGAUGAUCUCCAUAGUCAAAAGGGAAGAAGUAACCCCAAUGGAAAUCUCUACAAACCCUACAACAACGAACAUUUUUAAGCCUGCAGAGGUCCUUAAUUCUGAUCAGCAGAUUUUAGAAAUUACCACCAUCCUUCCAACUAGUAGCAAAUCCUUUCCUAGCCCUGUGCCUCUGCCAUCUGUUGAUGCUCAGCAGUCAGUGCCCAAUAUAUUUGUACCUCCGGAGCCCCUUAGGACAAUUGAGAAACAGGAUAUACCCCCAACACCAUCCUUUCAAGUCUCCUUGUCAGAAGACACCACAGUUCUUCAGCCUGUGCCCCCACAGGUCCCUCAGCAGUUCUUAAGGGAAACCCCUGAGACUUUGUCUCCAGAAGACAACAGUCCAGAUGGCACAGGAAUGGUGGUAGUAGGGCUGGAGUCUCGGCCUCCCCCUUCCCAGCAGCCCCAGGUCCAGACCAUUUUGCCUCAAGAUGAGGUAGCACAGCUGGAAAGAGCUGUUCGGGAGUUGCAAGAACAGCAGCAACUUAAUUCUGUGCUUUAUGAUUCGAACCCUUCUGCUGAAAACCUCCAGCAACAUGUCCAGGAAAACAUGAACAGUUUAAGGCUGGGUGGCAAUGAGAACACUUUGAUCAAUCAGCAGCAACAGCAACAAGAACAUAAUAUAUUGCAGAAUCUGCAGCAACAACAUCAGAAAGCUCUAGUUGAUCUGCAGCAUCAACAAACGGUCUUGAAGAAUCUGCAACAGCAACAAAAGGUCUUGGAAAACUUUCAGCAACAAAGUCUUGGAAAUCUGCAACAACAGUCGCAUCAGAAAGUUCUGGAAAACCUGCAGCACCAGAAGGUUCUUGGGGACAUUCACCAACAAAACUCUUUGGUGAAUAUUCAGCAUCAGAAAGUGCUUGAUAAUCUGCAACAGCAACAACAGCAUCAGCAGAAUCUCGAGAAACUUCAACAAGAGCAACAACAUCAAGAGGUCUUGGAAAGCUUGCAGAAACAGUUACAAUCCGAGCUCUUACAGCCACAGAUUCCCAUGCAGUGCACACCAAGUUUCCCUGUAGGAUCACAGGAUCAAAUGUCUGAGCAUCAAAGCACCACGCAGAUAGAUGGCACCCUGUCACAGCCAUCUGAUGGCUUUCUCCAAAAUUCAUCCCCACAGUCACAGCAACAAGCGCUUUUUCAACAGGCUGGGGGGCUGCUGUCUAUUCAAACAUCCAGCUUUCUUCAGCAGCCACCUUCUCAAACCUCCCCUCCUCAGCAGCUGUUUCAGAGUCACGCACCUAUUACUGACGCACAGGAACCACAGACGGGGCUCUUUGGUACUUCGAAAGCUACCCAGGUCCAACCUGCUUUAUUUCCCAAUACUGUGACAAUGCUGACAAGCACUAACUUAUCUUCUGAGCAACAGUCUCCCUCAACUACCCUGUUCAUUUCUCAGGGUGUCUUGCAUAGCCAGAUAACAUCCAAUAAUUCUCAAGAUCAACAACAGCAACAAAUAACUUUUCUCACUCCAAUGGAAACGUCAACCUCGGCACCCCAGUCAGUGUCACUUUUUCAGGGACAACCCCAGUUGUCCACUCCAAUGGAACAGCACUCUUCCCAGGCUCAGCAAAUAACACCCCAGCAGGGUUCCCUGUUCCAAAAUAUAGCAACAAUACCCCAAAGUCAGGGCCAACAGCAGCCACAGCCUGGCUUACUGUUCUGUGCUACUCCUGUUAAUCCUCAAGACCUUCCUCAAACUCUUCUGUUCAGUACCCAGAGCCAGGCUCCAAUGGGUGGUAACCCACUGCCUCAAAAUAUCUUUCAGGAACAGCAACCCAUGCAGGUCAUCCCAAGCCCUGGCACUAUUACAACAGACAACUCCACAAGUCAAUCUGCAGUCGCUCCAUCACAGUCAACACAAAGUCCACAGAUUCUUUUUCCACAAGCCAAUGUGGUGAACGUGGCUCAGCAAGAUUCAACAGAGCCCAUGUCUUUUCAGGAUGAGACCUCUGUUGUGGGUCACUCGUCUGCUGAUAUGCCUGCAACCCAGCCAGGACUCUUUCAGGACCAGCAGCCUAUGCAGGUUGUCCCAAGUGCUAGCAACUGUGCCUCUGUCCCUUCCACAGAACAGGGCACUGUGAAUAUUUUUUUGCCACAGGCAUCAAUUUCAGCACUCCAAAGUGGUGUAGGCACUCAAGAGUUACCUCAGCCUGCUACAGCAACUGCCAUUUUUAGUGGGCAGGGUGGAGUGGCAAUCGGAGGGUUGCAGAGCUCCACGGCCGCAUCCGGUCAACAAGCGCCUGAUUCGCUUUUUCAGACAGCAUUAGGGGGAACCCUCAACCAGCCUGGACAGCCAGGACAAACAGGCUUAUUUAUUUUUGAAAUCCCCACUGAAUGUGGUCCGAUAUUAACCCCUCCUGGUCCUGCGCUGACGGACCAGCUUGUCACCAUAGGGCAUCCUAGAUCAGAUCACAACCAGAACCAGCUCCAGACCAAUGCACAGAUUCAGAGUUUACUAGACGAGUCCAACAACCUCAGUGAGAAGAUUGAUGAACUACUAGAGCAGUUUGAGGAACAAGGGAAGUCUCUUCCCAGGGACUUCUUAGAACAGUGAAAUACUUUGAAACAUCGCCUUGGUAAGUCUUCUUGAGCUCAGUUUUGAGCUCACAGACAUGAGUGACUUGGACAACUUGAAGGAUCAAAAAUUUUAAAGCCUUUUAAUAUAUGUUUAAUGGAUUGUGUAGGCUGUUACAGGUGGAUAUCAUCAUGGAACCAAAUAAUUGGGGCCAAUAAAACAUUGUCAAGUCAGUGUUGUGAUCUGUCAUGACAUUUCAUAUUCUGGCGGUAUAUGUCAUGUUGACACAUUCCGUCUUGUUAUACUACAUCAUCUUCCAUCUGUCUAACAGAAGCUGACACAACUUAUCUAGCAAAACUGUUGUCAGUCUGAUGUAAUGCGUUGGACUAAUUCAUUGUCUUUUGAAUUUUUAGAUGGUGUGUUUAGCACUUUAUUGAGGUUUUUUUUUUUUUAAAGUGAGUUACAUGCUUUUGAGCUUUCAAACCAUAUGUAUCCAUAUUUGCCUCUUUUUAUAGUCUUUCCCAAAAGAUCCUCUAUUUUGUACCAGCCUUGUCAUAUUUACUCUCCAUUUUCAUAUUAACCUAUAUAACGAGCCAUGGUUACGCCUUUUUUUUUUUUUUCUUUUAUAAAGAUCUU